UUUAAUAGCAGAUUAGGAUUCGACCACCCCCGGUUUACACGCGAAGCCGAAAUCAGAGGCCUCAUUGUUCUUUCCUCCUCUUCGGAUCAUUCAGACACCCUGCCAUAACUGAGCAAGAUUUUGCUGCAAUUUCACCAAACAAUUUCGGAAUCGAGCCGACAUAGAUGGCAAACCAAGGAGCAAAGAAGCGCAAGGAAGAGAACGCUCGUCAUAUGGCGAAUCUCCGUCGUCUCAUCAUAGCCUGUAACGUUAUCUAUAUCUUGGUUCGAAUGCUGAUUUUUCAUUCAAGUUUCACUUGGAAACACUGGGUUGGUCUGAUUGUCACAUCCGCAGCUUAUUUUAUUCCUUACAACCAACUUGCCAAAAUGGCAGACCCAACAUAUGGUGAUGACGGUGAACUUCUAGAUGGUGGGUUUGAUAUGAGUACUGGUGGAAUUUGUGGCUACAUGCAUGACGUGAUCUACAUUACGAGCUUUGUGCAGAUAAUGUCAAUCCUCUCUGGGAAGUUUUGGUACACCUACCUUGUGAUUCCAGCAUUUGGGGUAUACAAAUCUUCUGGUUUAAUUAAGAGUUUAUUGUCGCACGGUUCAGAGGAUGAACCUGAGGAUGAGAAGACUCGCAAGAAGAGGGAAAAGAUGGAGAAGAAAGCUUCAAGAGUGAAGUUUAUGAAAACCAAGAAUAGAUAAUCUUCUCUUCUAAAUUAAACGGAAUCAACUUAAGUAAUGAGAUGCAAAUUUGAGCAGAUGGACAGCAGACACAGUCAAGUUAUAGGUACCAUUUGAAGUUAGUUUGUGUAUUUUUCUGACUAAUUAUAACAGGAAAAUAAGGGGCAGAAGUAUAUCACUGUAACCUCCAUUCUGUCAACUGAGCUUUUAGAAGUCCCUGUUUCCUCUUUCAAAAUGACAUCACAGGUACACAACUUUUGCAGCUUUGGUUUCCUUUAGAACAGACAGAUCUAGGAGAGGGAUAUCAAAGCAAUAGCUUUAAUCUCUUUUAAAUUUAUUUCUACACA